UAUGCGUAUAUGGUGUCAGUAUACAAAAUUAAAUAUAGUAAAUUGUUCAAAAUGGCUUCCCAAUCGUUGUUGAUAUUAAUAUCUGUAGUGACCAUAGGGCUUUUUGAACUCGUUGAAUCGACUAAACUUGAUCCUGAUGCUGGUUUGAAAUAUUAUAUUAUUGGCGGAACCGUCUUGGGAAUAUUCCUAGCCAUUGUUGUGAUUUCAUUGUAUGUACUCUGUUGGUGCUGUAGAUUACAGAAGCCUAAAGAGGAUAUGACAGAAUUGAAGACACUAGAUGUACGCUCACGUUUUAGUGAGGCAACAACACCAAAACACGCUGUCAUUACAAGUAUGGCACCGAGAAGAGAUUUCAUGAAGAAAGGAGACGACCCAUUGCCUUACAAAAAGAAACCCAGACUUUUAAGAAGAGAAGAAAGUUAUGUCUAACAGUUUCUAAAUGACUCAGAGGGGAUUUUUAUUGAAUUAUUAUAUAUUUACGAAGUAUUAAAAUAAAUGUCAUAAAAGGUCUAACUAAUUGUUACAUUUGUUUCAUUCCGGGUUUUAAAUUUUAGACUUCAGUUGGUUUAAGAUAUAAAAGAUCUUAUAUCAACAGGAUGUUUGGUAAUGCGUUUUUUUUUUUAUUAAAACCCUUUAUUUUUCUUUAGGUAUAUAAGGAAUGAAGAUAUCCAUCAAUCUUUGAACUCUGUUAAAGAUUAACCGGAACUAUUGUGAGCCUUAAUCCAUUAAUU